GACCCGAAGAAGGAUAGCAAACAGUCCAAAACACGAACCAGAAACCCUGACAGACCCAGCUCCAACAAGUCAAUUAUAUAUGUCGUCGAUUUGAAACCAGAUGCCACGGAAAAUGACCUGAUUGAUUACUUCACCAAAUAUGGCACUGUCAAAGGCGCUAGGGUUAUAAUUGAUAAUUGCACGGGCCAGUGCCUUGGAUAUGGACAUGUUACCUUCGCCGACAGAGGGGCUAUUGAAGGUGGUCUUCUGGAGGCCAGCCAUUUCCUUGAUGGCUGUCGCAUAAAAGUAUUUGCGGAAAUGCCCCCUGGAUAUGGCGAGAGGAGGCAACCAUCUGAAAAGGAGGUAAAGGACAUGAUGAUCUCCAACAGAAUCUACCUUCGAUCCCUGCCCCAAACGAUAACUGAGAAGAAGCUGUAUAUGUACUUCUCCAAAGUUGGGACUGUUACAGACGUUCGCAUUCUGACAGACGUAGUCUGUGUCGGUCGUGGUUUCGUCGUCUUCCGUGACCCGUACGCGGUAAUGAGGGUGGUGGAGGCCCAGCCACACAAAUUUCAAGGGAAAACUAUCAGCGUGUCUUGCAAAGAGGCAUUUAAACCUAAAAACACUGGAGCUGCGACGCAUUUGAACCAGGGCAUGGAUGCAAACAAAAUCUUCCUUGGAUCUCUGCCCAAACAAGCAACAGAGCGUAGUCUGCACGAUUACUUCUCACAGUUCGGAGCCGUCAUGGAUGUUAGUGUUCCGACGGAAUACAAGUUCAGCGGCCGUGGUUAUGUCGACUUCUGUGAUCUGUAA